AGAGCGAGAGAGUUUCUUUCAAUUAGCUGCAUGCGUUUAAUGUGUUGCUUUGCAAGCCGAGAGAUAAUGCUUUCAAGGAAGUUUGAGAUUCCGGUGUGUUUCGGAAAAUCUGCUCAAGUUUGAAGGAUCACUUUGUGUACAAGACAUGUAGUUAUUUGAUAGCCUCCCUUUCUGUGCUGCAACUAUGGAGGAUGGCGAAUUAGUCCUGCGGUUGUCAGGGCGAUCUGACUCCCCUGUUGGGAACAGGAGUUUUGGUGCUGGAGUUGGUUUUGGAGAGACGCUGGUGUUGCGGCACAAAGAGGUUCACAACUUCUUCUUCGUCCCCUUUAGGGAGCAGCCCAUCUACAGCACCCGGGCACAUGUCUUCCAGAUUGACCCCAACACCAAGAAGAACUGGUUGCCCACCAGUAAGCACGCCGUCACAGUGUCGUACUUCUAUGACAGCACACGCAACGUGUACCGCAUCAUCAGCCUGGACGGCACCAAGGCAAUAAUCAACAGCACCAUCAGUCCCAACAUGACGUUCACAAAGACCUCACAGAAGUUUGGCCAGUGGGCAGACAGUCGAGCCAAUACUGUGUAUGGCCUGGGAUUCUCCACUGAGCAUCAUCUAGCCAAGUUCGCAGAGAAGUUUGCAGAGUAUAAAGAGGCGGCGCGGCUUGCUAAAGAGAAGAGUCAAGACAAGAUGGAGAUGGCCACGUCACCUUCUCAGGAGUCUCCAGUAGGUGAGCUCUCAUCCCCUCUGACCCCCGUGACCCCGCCUAUGGAGAGCAUCAAUGGUACUGAUGAUAUUUGUGACACGACUCCCAACUCAGACACCUCUCCAGGUCCUGCGCAAAACGCGCUGGCAUUCGCACACAGCCCGGCAAUGACAAAACACUGGGAGGCCGAGCUGGAGGCACUAAAGGGGAACAAUGCCAAGCUAACGGCAGCGCUGCUGGAGUCCACAGCCAACGUUAAACAGUGGAAACAGCAACUGGCUGCCUACCAGGAGGAGGCAGAGAGACUACACAAACGGGUCACUGAGCUUGAGUGCCAGAGUAACCAAGUUCCAGUGAUCAAAUCCCAGAAGACUGAACUCAACCAAACCAUAGAGGAACUGGAGAAUACGCUUAGAGAUAAAGAAGAGGAAAUGGAAAAGUUGAAAGAGGAACUGGAAAACAUGAAUGACUUAAUGGAGCAGAAAGACACCCUUACCCAGAAGCUUGAGGAGACAGAGCUACGCGGGCGAGUGUUGGAGGAGCAGUUGGCAGGGGCCGAGCAGCGGCUGGAGGAGAAUCAGGAGGAGCAGGAGAACUUUAGGAAGAGCCUGCGGACGCUGCUGGAGCUCCUGGACGGCAAGAUCUUUGAGCUGACAGAGCUCAGAGACACCUUGGCACGGCUCAUAGAGGAGGCCAGCUAGAGUCAGAGCUCCCAUCUCCACAGACAGAGCCAUAUGAUAAUUUGCAACCCUACAACCCCAAUUACCCGCCGACUACACACCAACUUCAACAAAUUACAACUGCUACAAUACACUGCCCCAAUUCUGGUUUUGCUCAAAAAGGGCAGCUAACCCCUCUUUUAUAACUUGCAGGCAUCAAGUUCCAACCAACUGCAGGCAAUCCUGUAGUUCAAGACAACACAGGGACUACCUCAUCUUGCCUUCUGAUCGGCUGGUGUAGGCGUAACCCCGGUUGAAUUGAUCCCCCUCAGUUGUAACAAUUCCACUGCACCUGCCUCCAAAAACCACACCACUGAACACCCCACACUCACAGAUUUAACUUGAGAACUGUGCCUCAGUGCCAUCUGCUGUUUGACUGGGAGAGCUGCAGCACAGCUUGCAGCAUCACAUCAUUACACACAAACACCCCCUUUUCUUCCUCUCUAAACUGCCCCCCCAAGGGGAAUGUUGAAAGUCAUGUGGAAAUAAAUGCUGUUAAGACUCAGAGAACUGCGCCAAAGCUGCCAAAUCCCCCCAAAAUAUUGUCCUCUGACUAGCAGAUGCUUUGAUCCAAAGUGACUUACUGUACAGAGAAGCUCUGAACAGAGAAACAGCGAAAGAGAGUCCUACGUUUUACCUCGGGCUGCCAGCGGAGUGUCACUUGAAACAGAGAUUCAAAGGAUGGCUCUCAGUCUUACCUAUUGGCCUGUGUUGACUUCAGUGCUGCUCCCUAGCUUGGACACACAGGCUGCUGGGAAAUCAAGUUUGGUUUUCUUCUUCAUUGGAUAUUAAUGACUGCUAAACUAUAUCCACCGCCUAUUUAAAACCCUAUACUAUAGAUGAAUAUUGAAUCUUCCAGCGUCAAUGUUAAUGCUACACUGAAAAUUUAGAUUUGACAUGAAGUUCCUGUAUCCAGACUGCUUCCACCAUCGCUGACAGCUGACCUGUCUUCCUGCCAAACUCAGUGUGGUGUGUGUUCCCAAACAAGGCCUGACCUACAAUAUAGCGUGUGCCUUCAAAGCACACAUGCGUGGACACAUGUUUGUGUGUGUGUGUGUGUGUGUGUGUGUGACUGAUUGUUUUGUGCUGUGAGAGACAUACCCUGUUAUUGGAUGUUAAGGCCUACACACACACACACUGAGCAAUACCAGACAGGCUCUAUAUGACACCUCUAUGUAACUCAAUCAGGUAGUCUACUCAGUGGACUCAUGCAGAUAGGUCAAAUGCAACUCAGCUCAACCCCCCCCUGUCCAACAGAAAGUGUACUGCUGUUGACCGCGAACCUGUGUGGCAGCCCUGUCUGGACAAAGUAGUGCAUCAUGAAGGGCUCAUAGAGUGUCAUCUUAGUGUUCUUAGAUCUCCACCCCGGGUGAAACUGGCCACAGGUUUUCACUCCACAACCCAGAACUGUACUCAGUUUCUAUUGUUUUUUACACAGGAUAUAACACUAAUGACAUAAUAACAGAACUGUAUAGGACAACUUUCUACUCCUAACACCAAUUGUAAAUGAAUGGAUGGAUAACUUCAAUUCAGUAACACCCUGCAGUGGCUUAUUGUUGUGUAUUAACCCAUGGAUAAGUAUUGCAUAGUCAUUGUAGAGUAUCUAAUCUGUAGGUAAACAAUGAAAACCUCUUCAACAUAUAUUUAAUAAAUGAGUAACAACACAAUGUAAACACAGUGUUUAACAUUCUGUAUAGAAAAAUAAAUUCACUUAUUAAGCAGCCCCCCUUUUCCAAUAAAACACAAAAAUAUAUAUCUUACAAUCUGUUCCUCCAAAAUCACUUUAUUAUUUCUAAAAGUAUAUCCUCACGCAAAGUACUGCUUAUCUUACCUUUCUAUUGAGCACCCUGUUUGCACUGUGUUAUUACACUGUUGUAACUACAUUAUAUAAAGAGAUUUGCAUUAAAUACUAGCACAGCAUUAUUCUGUACUUUUUGUAGUUAGUUACACAGGUUAAUACACUGGAAUAAGACCGAUGUUAAGGGAGAAGUUACCUGCUUUUUUCUUUCUUCUUCUGUUUUAACUUUGACAGUCGAAUGACAGAGAUGGAAUACCUUAAUAUUAAUGCUGUUGUUAAUGAAUGCCUUUGUACAGUAGUGGAUAAGAAGCUUUUCAUUCUCCUGUUUUGUUACUUAUGGUAUUUAAAUGUAGGUAAUAUUAUUGUAUUUAGAGGUAUGAGAAGACUGGCAAUAUUUUUGACUAUUUAAAGUAAUUUUGAACUCAUAAUAUUAAAGAGGUACCUCAGGCAAAGACGUGUGUAGAUUGGUGAGAGUUGUGUGUUUGCAGGUGAAAGGAUUUACCUAAUGCUGGUAAAAAAAAGAAAAAGAAAAAAAAAGAUCACACCUGUUGGUGCUGCAGCCAAACUUAAUCCUUUGUUGAAUUCAAAACAAAGACAGCCCUACCACUCCUUUGUGAAAUGAGAAAUGUUAUGUUUUAUAUUCAAAUACAGUGACCACAGAAUUCA